AUCGGUUAUUAUAGUUUGGAAUACGAAAAUGUUCGUUUCAUCAUGGUAUACGGUAAUAUUGUUCAUCAAAUUGAACUUGAUUAUUUCCAUACAUACGGUCCAAAUAUCACAGGAUCGACAAAAUAAUAACGAUAAAAGCAUCAUAUUACGUCGAAGACAAAGUAAUGAUACACAUUUUUUACCAUCAUUAUCAUCAUCGUCAUCAACAACAGCAUUGAUCGCUGGUAGCCAUACUGUACCAAUAAAUCGCAUUGAUUUGAUUUUAUUGAUUUCCAAUCAAAAUGAAUUACCCAUUUCUUAUGAACUAAUUAAACCGACAUUGGAAUUAGCGAUACAAGAUGCAGCAAAACGAUAUCCACAUUUACAAUUCUAUCUAAAUCCAGUUUAUGAUGAAAAUCCUUGUCAAAGUAAUGUACUUGGUGCAUUGGCUGCUGAAAAAUAUUAUACUGGACAUGUAAGCGCAUUUCUUGGUCCAAUUUGUUCAUUAGCAUUAGAUCCCGUUUCACGUAUGGCUUCCUAUUGGAAUGUACCAGUAUUCACUAGCGGUGGUAUUAGCUAUCAAUUUUCGAAUAAACAAAUCUUCACCACUCUCACAAGAGUUUCAUUUUCAUUGGAUCGGCUAUCACAUUUUUUCCUAAAAAUAUUUCAAGUUUAUGGAUGGCAACAUAUUGCUUUGAUUGUCGAUGAAACUGAUGCAGCCAAUAAAUUGAUUAAAACUAGUAUGCAAUCAAUUUUCAAAGAAACCGAAUUUGGUUAUGAAAUUUUUCUGGAAACAAUUACAUAUGAAAUCAAAUCAUCAAAUACAACAAUCGAUUAUCAGAAAAUGUUACGUCAAGCAAGUCGAAAUGCUCGAGUAAUCGUUCUGAUUACUAAUGGUGAGCACAGCCGAAACUUAUUACUUGAGGCACAUACACUUGGCAUGGGUAAUGGUGAAUACGUAUUCUUUGGAAUUGAAUUGCUGAAAGAUAAUAAAGGAUCGGGUGAUUUUUCAUGGUACAGAGCUGGUGAUCGACGAAAUAAGAUUGCUAAAGAAAUGUUUGAAUCAUUGAUGAGAGUAGCGAUUCGAGUACCAACUUCACCAGAAUAUUCUAGUUUUGUUCAUAAAGUUACAAAACUAUCAUCCGAAGAAUUUGGUCGUUUGACAAGUCAUGAAGAAGUAAAUCCAAUUGUUGCCGCUUUUUAUGAUUGUGUUUCCAUGUAUGCUUAUGCAUUUAAUCAAACAUUGGCAAAAGGUGGUGAUAUAACUGAUGGACGAUCAUUAAUACGAGGAGCAUUAUGGGAUCAUACAAUUCCAGAUUCAUUAACCGGAGAUAUUGUAGUAAAUGACAAUGGUGAUCGUGAAGUUGAUUAUACAUUAAAUGAUUUAGAUCCAGAAACUGGAACGAUGAGACCUGUGGCCACAUAUUAUGGAGCUAGACGUCAAUUUGAAAAACUUCCUGGUGUUGAGAUUCAUUGGCCAAGUGAAUUCGGUCCACCACCAGAUGUACCUGAUUGUGGUUUUACUGGUGAUGCACCGCAUUGUAUCAAACAUGAAGGGAUGCCACUAUGGGCAGCAAUUUUGACCACAUUUCUUGUGGUUAUUACAGUGACAUUAAUAAUAUCGUUUUUCUCCUAUAAAAAAAUCAAAAUGGAACAAGAUCUGAAUGAUAAUUGGUGGCGAGUCGCAUAUGAAGAUAUAAUAUUUCCAAGUCAGGCAAAAUCCGGAGCCAAAUCUGCAUUAAGUUUAGUUUCUGAAACGGAUGGUUAUCAAUCUGGUAAAGCUUCAUCAUUACGAAUCGGUUCAAUUGGACAUUCAUUGAUUAGUGCAGCCGGUGAAUUGGACACAGUUCAUGUUGGAGUUUACAAAGGACUUAAAGUUGCAUUCAAACCAUUGCAGAUUAAAAAAAUGAUUAUCAGUCGUCAAAUGUUGGUCGAAAUCAAACAGAUGCGUGAUCUUACACAUGAAAACCUUACCCGAUUUAUUGGACUUUGUCCGGAUGAACCAAAUUAUGGAGUCAUUAAUGAACUUAUGAUUCGAGGUAGUUUGCGUGAUUUAUUGGAAACGGAAAAAAUACAAAUCGAUUGGGCAUUUAAAUAUUCAAUGAUGACUGAUGUUGUUGAAGGAAUGUUAUUCUUGCAGAAUAGUUUACUCGAAUAUCAUGGCCAUUUAAAAUCGACAAAUUGUGUAGUCGAUGGUCGUUUCAUGGUCAAAAUUACAGAUUAUGGCCUUCGUACAUUGCAUGCUCAGGUGACUCGUGAACGAGAUCUUAUUCCAAAAGCCCUUUUUUGGACUGCUCCGGAACAUUUACGUUCAAAAGAUCCAUUGAAUUCGGGCUCGAAAAAAGGCGAUGUUUAUGCAUUUGCGAUUAUAUUGCAGGAAAUCAUAACUCGAUCACCACCAUUUGAAUCACUGGAACGAUUAGGACGAAAGAAAAUUACUUAUCAACCAGAUGAAAUACUUGAUAGAGUUCGAAUGGGUACUGUACCACCGUUUCGACCUGAAGUGGCUCCAGAUGAAGCAUCAAAAGAAUUACUUACGUUAAUGCAAGAAUGUUGGGAUGAAUAUCCAAACAAUCGACCGGAUUUUGCCGUUAUCAAACACAAGUUACGUCGUAUUACAAAAGGAAUUUCAUCGAAAAAUUUUCUUGAUAAUCUACUAAAUCGUAUGGAACAAUAUUCACAGAAUCUUGAACGAAUUGUCGAAGAAAAAACUCAAACAGUUAUUGAAGAGAAACAAAAAACUGAAGAGCUACUUUAUCAAUUAUUACCUCGAUUCAUUGCCGAAGAAUUGAAAAAAGGAUCACAUGUAAAACCUGAAUCAUUCGAAUCGGUCACCAUAUUUUUUUCCGAUAUUGUUGGUUUUACAAUGCUAUCGGCCGAAUCAACACCAUUACAAGUGGUCGACCUAUUAAAUGAUCUAUACACCUGUUUUGAUGCAAUUAUCGAUAUACAUGAUGUAUAUAAAGUGGAAACUAUCGGCGAUGCUUAUAUGGUAGCUUCGGGUCUUCCAAUUCGUAAUGGUAAUGAUCAUGCCAAAGAGAUAGCAUUAUUGGCAUUGAAUCUGAAAAAAGCUGUAUCCGGAUUUAAAAUACGACAUUUACCUAAGAAACGUUUGCAGAUUAGAGUUGGUAUUCAUAGCGGUCCUUGUGUUGCCGGUGUAGUCGGAUUAAAGAUGCCUAAAUAUUGCCUUUUUGGUGAUACAGUCAAUACAGCAUCUAGGAUGGAAACUCAUGGUGAACCACAAAGAAUUCAUAUUUCAGAAAGUACGAAAAAAUUAUUGGAUACAUUUGGUACUUUUACUAUUUUGCCCAGAGGUGAAGUAGAAGUCAAGGGAAAAGGUGUAAUGGUUACCUAUUGGCUUGAAGGUGGUCGUCGUGGUUUUAGUACACAGCAAACAUCAUCAUUUGGAAAUCAAUCAUCGUUCAAUGAACUUGAAAAAGAUAUAUCAUUACAAGAUGAAUUUCGACAAUCAUUAAACAAACAUAAUACUGAAUAUUCAUCAUUAAAUAAUAAUAAUACAGCAACUAAAGAAUCAAUAGCUAAUAUUGAAUAAUCGUUUCAAAUGAAUAAUUCAAUUCUACAUUUACAUUUACUGAUUCAAUUCAUAGUAUCAUUUUAUACAUAUAAACAUUAGUA